AUGGCAUUGAGGCGGCUGCUGCUGGUGGUGGUCGUGGCGGCCGUCGCGAGCUGCCGGCCGGGCCGCGCGGACCCCGCGAUGAGCGUGCUGCCGGGCCUCCCCGUCGCCGGCCUCGCGAGCAACGGGCCACGGUAUGCUGUAGAGACCGGCCGCCGCGACGGCAAGGUGUCGGCGGAGUGCGACGCCAACAACGACCUCCCGCCGCCAUCCUCCAAAAUCGUCGACCUCAAGACCUACUUCAGCUUCAAGGGCUUGGGCUGGAAGGACCUCGUCGUCCUGUCAGCCGGCGAUGGGAGCGGCAACGGCGCCUCGGUGGUUGCACGCCCCAGGGCCCCACUACAGCGGAGGCGCCGGCCAGGCCGAGGGCGUCGCGUGCGCGACGGCGGUAGGGCCUCCGGGCUCCCCUUCGCUGUUGACUCUGAUUUUGUGCUCCAAGAAACCCUAGCCGCCAUUUUCGCCGAGAUCCCUUCUCAAGCGACAAUCCCCAACGACGAUGCUAAGAUGAAGAUUGUGAUCCACAGUGAGGUCGAUUGGAAGUUUGGACUGCUAGAGUCUUACAAUCAGUUUUUUGUUGUUGAUUUCGUCUGUGUUCCCUCCAUGAAAGAGCCACACUACAUAUGCCCUAAUGACAAACAUCAGUACUACAGUACUGCAUCCAAAAUGCGCAAAAUUGCAAAUCAAGAGUCUAGCGGUUCCUGUCCGCUACAUGAGAGCUUUUGCAUGGCUAAUCAUCUCUUUGUCAUUGUAUUAUUCUACUUAGGUUGA